GAGCUGGAGCUCUGAGUCAGUCGCACGAUGAGAGCAGCGGCGCUGGCAUUGUUCUAUAUGGGUCUGGUUCUGGGUCUGCUGUGGGUCUCUCCCGGGGCACUGGCCAAGCGGUAUCUCCGCUGCGAGCUGGCCCGUAAGCUGCUCGACCGGCACGGCUUUGAGCGCAGCCUUCUGUCCAACUGGAUCUGUCUUCUGGAGCACGAGAGCGAACUGGAGACGACCCGGACCACUACGAACCCCAAUGGAUCGCGCAGCCUGGGCCUGUUCCAGAUCAACAGUCGAUACUGCCAGGAGGGGAGACGCGGUGGCAUUUGCAACGUCAAGUGCGAAGAUCUCCUCGAUGAGAAUCUGAUCGAGGCGGCCGUCUGUGCCAAGCGGAUUCAGACCACGGACGGGUUUCGUCAUUGGAAUGGCUGGCAGCGCUACUGCCGCAACACCCAGAACCUGCCCAAUCUGAAGGUCAUCUGUGGCAUCUAGGAAAUGCCUGUACUAAAGGGGUACAUACAGUGCGCGUCGCUAACAUAGGACCUCCACUCUGAAUCGGAGUACGAGUGUGGAACAUUUUUGGGAAUAAUACAAUAUACUGUAUGCAUGUACAUCGAAUUCUGCUGAUGGGAUAAGUAGAAUAAGCCUUUUUUUUCUCAUUUAAAUGGAACCUGUUGUUGCAACUUUCAAGAUCCUAAUUCUGAACAUG